AUGGGUAACGUCCCCGGAAAACUAGAUGACGAGAGUACAGUGCGAGCCAAACGGUCUAUGAGUACUUCUGCAGCACUCCCGAAUCGGAGCGGAAACGGUAAUGUGGGAAAUCGCAAUGCUAGGACUUCUUCCAUGGUUGGCACACUCCUGAAUGGCAGACGGCAUUCGGAAGCAUCAGAAGCGGCAGGAGGUGCAGAAAACCCGUAUAAACGCAAGUCAACCAAGGAAAAAGAGCGGCUGAAAGAGCGUCACGUCAAACAGCUCAUUGUUAGAUACAGUGAAACGGUGGACGGUGGAUUUUUGGCGCCGUACGGGUCCAGCAGCUUGGAAAAAGUGGACUACGACGCAAACGUGGUGAAAACGCUCAUUUUGGAGCGCCGUUUAGCUCCGUUUUACACUCCAUUGCAAGAUUACGACGAAUCGUGGACCCCUCAAGAAUUGGUCAAAAUUGUGGAUGGACUACCCUUGCAUGCGCCCUUUAGCGAGAAUAUGGAGGCGUUUGAAGGUGUGCCCGUUGGGAAUUUAUCCCAGAAUGAUUUUGAUCAUCUGAUAGACAAAUCGCUGUCACGGCGCGAACAACGUCGCAUGAGAGGAAAGAUCUUUGGCGCCAGACUUUACCAAAAGCGGCUGCGUUGGCAGGAACGGGAAAAUGAAAAGUUUUUGGAGCUGAAACUGGAGGCCCGAAAGCUGCCGGAGGGUCAAAAGGAGGCCUUCUUGCCCAGCAACGAUCUAAAAGUGGAUCUCUACCAAAAUGGUUCUGAAUGCCCUAUAUGUUUCCUAUACUACCCGCACCCCAUGAACCUGUCACGCUGCUGUUUACAGCCCAUUUGCAGUGAAUGUUUUGUGCAAAUCAAGAGACAGGAGCCGCAUUUCCCGCACGAUUCCGAAGAUAACGGGGCCCACAACGACGAGGACGAAAAGGACCCAAACUUGCUAACGUCCGAACCCACCAAUUGUCCCUAUUGCGCAACGCCAGAUUAUGGUGUCGUAUACGAGCCCACCGCCAACCGCAGAAUCGGACUUCACGGCUCGUCUCCUUCCACCUACAAGCAUCGGGACUCAAUCGAGACCCCGCAAGUGUCGUCGUCGACGUUUGUGCGACGCGGGCCGUUUGACGCAUCCGACAGCAAAGUGGUUACCUCGGACUGCUUACGGCCCACCUGGCAAAUCAAACUGAACAAAGAACGCAUGCGUUUGGCCAGACGAUCUGCUAAUGCUACUGCUAUUCACGUGAGCAAUCAGCUAGUUACGCCAGGACAUCAAGCAUCCUCCAACAUUAGCGCACAAACUGCAUCGCACGGCAAUCAGCAUCCGGCGUUUGCUACACAUCAUCCAACAGUGCAUGGUUCUGUUUGGCCAGCCAAUGCUACUGCUGCGGAAAUCGAAAACCAAAUGAUUGAACAGGCUAUAAAAUUGAGUUUGGCGGAGUCCAAAUCCUCCAAGAGAGGCAGUUGA